AGGUGAUAAAUAAGCACAGACACAUAUACAGAGAGAGAAACAGAGAGAGAGGGAGAGGGAGAAGAGAGAGCAAGAGAAAGAUGAAGAAGCCGUCCUCAACCUCGUCUCUUCUUAGGAAAACUCGGGUCUCUCCCUUCGUCUUUACCUUUCUAGCCUUCACCGUUUUCGUUGCCAUCCUCUACGGCCAAGAUCUGGGUUGCCUCUUCAGACAAGCCAGAACUAACGAGCUCCGGCCAGACUCAGAACAGAAGAAGCCAUCGAAGACAACAGAGAAUGAUGCCCAGAGAUUGCCAUUUGCGGUGGGAAAGAUCAUCAGAGAGAGGGGAGAGGGAGAAGAAGAAGAAGAAGAAGAAUGCGAUGUGUUUAACGGGAGAUGGGUUCGUGACGAGUCGAAUCGGCCGAUGUAUGAGGAAUGGGAAUGUCCGUACAUACAGCCACAGUUAACCUGUCAAGAACAUGGGAGACCUGAGAAAGACUACCAGCACUGGAGAUGGAAGCCUCAUGGUUGUUCCCUUCCCAGCUUCAAUGCAACAUUAAUGCUGGAGAAACUCCGAGGGAAGAGGAUGAUGUUUGUUGGGGACAGUCUGAACAGGGGUCAGUAUGUCUCCAUGGUCUGUUUGCUUCACCGGAUCAUCCCUGAACAUGCCAAAUCCAUGGAAACCUUCGACUCGCUUACAGUCUUCAGAGCUAAGGACUACAAUGCGACAAUUGAAUUCUACUGGGCUCCGUUUCUUUUGGAAUCAAAUUCAGAUGAUGCAGUCAUCCAUAGAGUGACAGAUAGAAUUGUCCGUAGGGGUUCCAUCAAUAAGCAUGGUCGUUUCUGGGAAGGAGCUGAUAUUGUUGUAUUCAAUACCUACCUUUGGUGGAUGACUGGCAUGAAAAUGAAGAUCCUGCGAGGAUCUUUCAACGAUUCAGUUAAAGAUAUCGUUGAGAUGGGAACCGACGAUGCUUAUCGCCUGGCUAUGAAGAGUAUGGUGAAAUGGGUAAAGAAGAAUAUGGAUCCUAAGAAGACCAGAGUUUUCUUCACUAGCAUGUCACCUUCCCAUGGGAGGAGCAUUGAUUGGGGAGGUGACCCAAAUGGAAGCUGUUAUAAUGAGACAACUCCAAUUGAAGAUCCCAGAUAUUGGGGUUCUGGACAAAACAAGACCAUAAUGAAGGUGAUUGGGGAAGUGUUUAGAAAAUCAAAGGUACCCAUUACCUUUCUCAACAUCACCCAACUCUCAGAGUAUAGGAAGGAUGCCCACACUUCCAUCUACAAGAAGCAGUGGAACCCUCUAACACCUGAGCAAUUAGCAAACCCUGUAAGUUACGCUGAUUGCGUGCAUUGGUGUUUACCUGGACUUCAAGAUACUUGGAAUGAGCUCUUAUACGCAAAACUCUUUUAUCCUAAUUAGCUUUGUUAAUCAUUGAAUUUAAUUACUUCAGAAUGGCCCUUAACCUUCUUGUUAUGGUUAAGUACUCAUUUAUUUCUGUAAGAAAAGUUGAGAAAUAACAUAUAUCUUGUUUAAAAGCAAGCAAUGAAAAAGAAGAUUGAAUUGAUUCAAA